AUGCUUAAUUGCUCUGCAUGCCCUUGUCUCUCUUCUUAUCUCUCUUCACCGGCUGUCUUCCUCCCCUCCACACCUCCCUCCUCCCCAGCUACACGAUACGUGGACGACACGGGAGGACUAUGUGAGCUCGCAGAGAAGAAGGGAGCACCCAACCCAACCAACCUUCUCUUUUCCUCCCCUCUCCCUCCCCCCAGCUCCACGAGUACUGCCUCCCCCACUGCCUUCCAUCCCUUGCCCCAACCCCACCCCCCUCCCCAGCUCCACGAGUAUGUGGACGACACAGAAGACUAUGUGAACACGCAGCUGGACUACCGCAGGAACCAGCUGCAGGGGAUGCAGGUGGGUGGUGCUGAUGACGUGGCAGGAGUGACUGACGUGGCAGGAGUGACUGACGUGGCAGGAGUGACUGACGUGGCAGCUCAUCCUAGGGUGUUGAUAACAGCAACGGGCAUAGUGCUAUCAAACGUCAUUGUGAUUAUCGCAGCCUUCUCAAUGAGCCUCCCCAACUUCCUCUUUGAGACGGAAGGGCGGUUCCUUCCUGUGCUUGUGCCUCUGCUUUCUGCCCCCCGUACCCCCUCCCUCCUCAUCACCCUACCCACAGGUGCUGAUAACAGCAACGCAGCAAUGGGGGUGGUGCUGUUAAUGCUUAUUGUGAUUGUAGCAGCCUUCUUAAUGAACCUCCCCAACUUCCUCGUUGAUACUCACGCCACUUUCUCUUGUUGCUGCCCCUCCUUGCCACCGGCGCUGCUCUUUCCCACACACAUACACGCACCCCUGUCCCUCCGAAACCUACCCCCCCCCCCCCGACACUUUCGCCCCCUCAGGGGCUGA